GCAGGAAGAGGUGCGAAAGAUCAGGACUGAGAAGGGACGUACCCUGGCAAGGAGGGGGUCAGGGUGAGGCCCUGGGCCCAGCACUGCAGAGAGGAGCAGGGGUGGAGGGAGGAAUGCUUGGACACAGAUCUGGUGGACCCGGUGCCAGGGAGAGACUCUGCAGAAAGGAGAAGGGGCGCGAGGCGGGGACUGGGCGAGGGGCGGGGCCAGGACUUGCAGCCUGGAAGGCGGAGAAGGCUUUGGGCGCGAGACUGAGGAAAUCUGCUCUGGGAGGCCCCAAGCUGGGGCCGGUGCUGCUGAGAGCGCUAAGGACCGAGGAGGCGCGCUGAGCUCAAGAUGAGAGCAUCGGUGGUACUGACCUGCUACUGCUGGUUGCUGGUGCCGGUGAGCAGCAUCCAUCCAGAAUGUCGCUUUCACCUGGAGAUACAGGAAGAAGAGACAAAAUGUGCAGAGCUUCUAAUCAGCCAAACAGGGAAGCACAGAGCCUGCAGUGGUGUCUGGGACAACAUCACGUGCUGGCGCCCCGCAGACAUUGGGGAAACUGUCACUGUACCCUGCCCCAAAGUGUUCAGCAAUUUCUACAGCAGACCAGGAAACAUAAGCAAAAACUGCACUAGUGAUGGGUGGUCGGAGACAUUUCCGGAUUUCAUAGAUGCGUGUGGCUACAAUGACCCAGAGGAUGAGAGUAAGAUGGCGUUUUAUAUUCUGGUGAAGGCCAUUUAUACCUUGGGCUACAGCGUUUCUCUGAUAUCUCUUACAACAGGAAGCAUAAUUAUCUGCCUCUUCAGGAAGCUACACUGCACCAGGAACUACAUCCACCUGAAUCUGUUCCUGUCCUUCAUGCUGAGAGCCAUCUCGGUACUGGUCAAGGACAGCGUCCUCUACUCCAGCUCGGGUACACUGCGCUGCCAUGACCAGUCAGCCUCCUGGGUCGGCUGCAAGCUCAGCCUGGUAUUCUUCCAGUACUGCAUCAUGGCAAACUUCUACUGGCUCCUGGUGGAGGGUCUCUACCUACACACCCUCCUCGUGGCCGUCCUGCCCCCCAGCAGGUGCUUCCUGACCUACCUUCUGAUCGGAUGGGGCAUCCCCAGUGUGUGUAUAGGUGCGUGGACAGCAACCCGCCUCUCUUUGGAAGACACAGGUUGCUGGGACACUAACGAACACAGCAUCCCCUGGUGGGUUAUCCGGAUGCCCAUCUUAGUCUCUAUUGUAGUCAACUUUGCCCUCUUCAUCAGCAUUGUAAGGAUCUUACUUCAGAAGCUAACCUCCCCAGAUGUCGGUGGCAAUGACCAGUCACAGUACAAGAGGCUGGCCAAGUCCACGCUGCUGCUAAUCCCCCUGUUUGGCGUCCACUACAUGGUGUUUGCCGCUUUCCCCAUUGGUAUCUCCUCCACAUACCAGAUCCUGUUUGAGUUGUGUGUUGGAUCCUUCCAGGGCCUGGUGGUAGCAGUGCUAUACUGCUUCCUGAAUAGUGAGGUACAGUGUGAACUGAAAAGAAGGUGGCGAGGCCUGUGCCUGACCCAACCUGGAAGCCGGGACUACCGGCUGCACAGCUGGUCCAUGUCCCGGAAUGGUUCAGAAAGCGUCCUGCAGAUACACCGAGGCUCCCGCACCCAGUCCUUCCUGCAGACAGAGACGUCAGUCAUUUAGCUGGGUCCCUCUCACGGAGCUGCUGCUGCUGCUGGUCUUUGACACACGUGUUUGCCGGCUUCCUCUGCAGCCCCAGUGUCUGGUGCCUUACUUAUUGGGUCAGCCCUGGUCCUUACUCUGCUCCUCAUGUGUGUAAUUUGGUUGAAACACCUGUUAUUGUCAGACUCUUGCCUUUAAGCUGCCCUCUUCAUAGUAUGGCUCAGCCAUGGAAGUGGGUCUGCUUUCAAAGACAGAAAGAAAGGCAAAUGACCCUGAACAUCAAAACUGGAUCCUAGCACCUCUGAAGAGAACAGGAACUUUCUGGCUCCCCUACUGACUCCCAUCAGAGGGAACCAGGUCCAGAACCAACUGCGAGUCACCAGCCUGUGGCAUCCAAUGCAUGUCUGUGGGUGUCUAUGAAGUUCCUCCUUAGUCUGUGACAAGCCAGGGAAAGCUGUUGAGAGCAGCCUUCUCACCCUAGAAACUUGCUGGCCCCCAUGGCCUUGAGUCCUGCCAUGUGGGCCUACCUACUCCGGGCCUCAGUGUCUGCACAGCCACACCCUCGACAUCUCCUGGACCACUUAGUAGUGGCCAAAGAUAAGUCAGGGAGAAUAUUCGUGGUUCAGCGACCAAGCCAGGAACUCAUAUCCUCCUGAGCACUUAGCAUCUGCUGCUUCCUAUAAGUGGUGAUCAGCUCUGGACCCCAUGCCACUGUUGGCAUGAAGGCCCUGGUGGCUUGUCCAUACAGCCCGGGGAUGUCCUCGAGCCAAAAGAAAACUGUUCUCUUUUUAAAGAAAAAUCACCA